AUGGGCCUGAGGACGGGAUUGGCGCUGUGCGUGCUGUUCCUGGGCACCCUGUGCUGUCGCGGCAGCCUGGAUGCCGACCUCGAAAGGGUGAAAGAUUUCAUGACAGCCAGAGGUUACCAUUGCGACAUGCCGUCGCCGGCGGAGGUGGGAGAGUGGCCUGUCGAAGGUGCGGGCACCGGGGGCGGCGAGAGGGGCGCCAUGGGCCCCAGGGGACGGGCCUUGUGGCGCGAAAAGGGGUGGGGCUCCCCGGAGGACGUGGACGCGAUGACGGUCCUGAUGGACGGCACGGUGUGCCUGAGGUGGAAAGAAGGCUACGAAUUCGGCAGCGAUGAUACGAAAGAAAACCAAACAUGGCUGGGGGGUCGAAGGCUGGCGGGGGGAGUGGCGGGGAAAUCCCUCACAUUCCCUUCGAAUGAGGGAUUGGUGGGAGAGGAGGCGUUAGGGGGGGAGGGCGGCCAGCGGCGCAAAGUGAUGCAGGCGGGGAGUGGGGCGUUUGCGGAGGAGCCGGGCCUGCCGUCCACGAGGAGGGGGAGGACGCGCGUGCCCCUCGAGAGCUCCACGGAGAAGCCCUUCAGCGCCAUUGGGCAGGUGGGCAGGUUCUGCUCCGGCGCACUGGUGGGCCCCUGCCAUUACCUGACUGCCGGCCACUGCGUGUGGGAGUCGGAGAUCGGGAUGGUGACUUCCGGGGCAAACUUCAAUCCGGGGCGCAAUGGCGAGGAGCUGCCACAGCCGCUGGGCCAGUUCCAAGCGCUGCAGGUGUACCCUGCCAUCAAGUGGACACUGUUUGAGAACUCCUCUGCCGAUGUGGCCAUCGUGCAAGUUCAGGGGACCCCAGGAGACGAGCUGGGGAUGUUCAAGUUCACUGGUGAAAACUUGCCUGCUGCUGUGGGCCUGAACAACGCGGGCUACCCGGUCGACAAGCCUGACGGGGAGAUGUGGUUCGACUUCUGCGAUGCCGUCAUCCCCAGAGAUGGGGAGAACAGAGGAUUAGUCAUCCACGAUUGUGAGACUACCAGCGGAAGCUCUGGCUCAGCCUUGUGGACAUAUUCCCCUGGGGAUGGGGAGAGAGAAGAUGAACGAACGAUCGUCGCAGUGCACAGCGGCCGGAGGAUUGGCGUCACGGAGGACACUAACCAGCUGCUCCAAGAGCCAGGCGCCCUGCACCUGACAGGGAGCAUCCUGAGGGAGUUGCAGAAUGCUAUGGAAGACAUGGUGUGCGUCCCGACCUAA